GUGAGGUUUACAGAUUGCGGUGAACAAAGACAGAUACAUUAUGAGACCAGUAACCCUACAGAUUUUCGGAUCGAUGAUGACGGGGUAAUAUUUGCUGCAAGAACUUUUGACAUUUCACCAGAUCAAAGCGAGUUCCUAGUCUAUGGCCACGAUGAGGAAACCAGACAGUUUUGGCAUGCCGCUGUGAAUAUCACCCUGAGACCUCAACAUGCACAAGAACCACAACAGGGUUUUUACAACGUCACAGAAAUUCGAUUUCCUCCACAACGUAAGCACAAUGGUUUUCUACAGAGACAAAAGAGGGAUUGGGUCAUCCCACCAAUUAAUGUGCCAGAGAACUCAAGGGGAUCCUUUCCACAAGAAUUAGUACGAAUCAGAUCUGACCGGGAUAAGAGCCUUUCUCUACGAUAUAGUGUGACAGGUCCAGGAGCUGAUCAACCUCCCAUUGGCGUGUUUAUUAUCAGUCCUAUAUCUGGCCAACUGUCUGUAACAAAGCCUUUGGAUCGGGAACAGAUUGCUGUUUUUCAUCUGAGGGCACACGCAGUGGAUGUAAAUGGAAACCAGGUGGAAAAUCCCAUAGACAUUGUCAUCAAUGUAAUAGAUAUGAAUGACAACCGACCAGAAUUUCUGCACCAGAUCUGGAAUGGGAGUAUUUCUGAAGGAUCAAAACCAGGUUCCUAUGUUAUGACCCUCACAGCCAUUGAUGGUGAUGAUGAAAAGCAGCCAAAUGGUAUGCUGAGAUAUAAAAUCUUAUCUCAGACUCCAGACACUCCUUCUUCUAACAUGUUUACAAUCAACAAUGAAACUGGCGAUAUUAUCACAUUGGCAGCAGGACUUGAUAGAGAGAAAGUGCAGCGAUAUACAUUAAUAAUUCAAGCCACAGACAUGGAAGGAAACCCAACAUAUGGUCUCUCAAACACAGCAACUGCUGUCAUUACUGUGACAGAUGUCAAUGACAACCCUCCCGAGUUCACGUCAAUGACUUUUUACGGAGAAGUGCCUGAAAACCGAAUUGAUGUUGUAGUAGCAAACCUUACUGUAACGGACAAGGACCAGCCACACACCAGUGCUUGGAACACAGUGUACAAAAUUGUCAGUGGUGAUGCCACAGGACGUUUUACCAUUAGGACAGAUCCAAACAGUAAUGAUGGUUUGGUGACUGUUGUCAAACCAAUUGACUUUGAGACCAACAGGAUGUUUGUUUUGACGGUAGCUGCAGAAAACCAAGUGCCAUUAAUUAAGGGCAUCCAUCACCCUCCUCAGUCAACAGCCACUGUCUCCAUUACUAUCAUUGAUGUCAAUGAGAGUCCCUACUUUACCUCAAACCCUAAGCUUGUGCGUCAGGAAGAAGGUCUGCUUCCAGGAAAUGUUCUUGUAAUUUGUAAUGCUCAAGAUCCAGACCGUUACCUGCAGCAGACAAUUAGAUAUGCAAAACUAUCAGACCCUGGAAACUGGCUUAAAAUCGACCCUAUAAAUGGACAGAUAACAACAAUUGCUGUUUUAGACAGGGAAUCCAUGUAUGUAAAAAAUAAUAUGUACAAUGCAACUUUUCUUGCAACUGAUAGCGGUGUUCCUCCAAUGAGUGGUACAGGCACACUACAAAUCUAUUUGCUGGACAUAAACGACAAUGCUCCUCAUGUUUUUCCAAAAGAGGUGGAAAUUUGUGAACGGCCAGACCCAAAUGCCAUUAAUAUUACAGCGAUAGAUGCUGACAUCAAUCCCAACGCAGGACCUUUCAUCUUUGAGCUCCCAUAUAGCCCAAUGGACAUAAAAAAAAACUGGACAAUAACUCGACUUAGUGGCGACCAUGCUCAGCUCAGCCUGAAAAUUGGAUCUCUUGAUGAUGGAAUUUAUAACAUCCCAGUACAGAUCACAGAUUCAGGAAAUCCUUCCAUGUCAAACACUUCGUAUUUGCGUGUGAAAGUCUGUUCUUGUGACAUGAAUGGGUAUUGUAGUGGAGUUGCCCCCAUUAUUGGAACUGGCCUUGGAACAGGAGCAAUCAUUGCAAUUCUACUUUGUAUCAUCAUUCUGCUCACGUUGGUAUUAAUGUUUGUGGUGUGGAUGAAGCGCCGGGACAAGGAGAGGCAAGUCAAGCAGCUCCUUAUUGACCCAGAGGAUGACGUCAGAGAUAACAUAUUAAAGUAUGAUGAAGAAGGUGGAGGAGAGGAAGAUCAGGAUUAUGAUUUAAGCCAGCUGCAACAGCCUGACACAUUAGAACCAGACUCCAUAAAACCUGUAGGGAUACGGCGCAUGGAUGAAAGGCCCAUUCACGCAGAGCCUCAAUACCCGGUUCGGUCUGCUGCUCCACAUCCUGGUGAUAUUGGAGACUUCAUUAAUGAGGGCCUGAAAGCAGCAGACAAUGAUCCCACUGCUCCACCUUAUGACUCCCUCUUAGUUUUUGAUUAUGAGGGUAGCGGCUCCACUGCCGGAUCUCUAAGCUCCCUGAACUCAUCAAGUAGUGGCGGUGAGCAAGAUUACGAUUACCUAAACGACUGGGGCCCUCGCUUCAAGAAACUAGCCGAUAUGUAUGGCGGCGGAGAUGACUGA